CGAGGACCUGUGCGGCGGACCAAGGCACUCUACUCAUUAUCGGUUGCAACGGCCUUUUCGUUGUUCUAACCUGGGGGUUUGUGGCACCAGGGGCUUGGCGGGUGGAAGAAGAGUUUGGCCGUAGCCUUUUUUCUGCAUUUCACACACAUUCUGCUCUCUCUCUCUCUCCCUCUCUCUCUCUCUCUCUCUCUCACACACACACACACACACACACACAGACACACACACCCGCUCGGGCCCCUCUCCGUGUGUCUUCCUUCAAGAUGACAGGGCGCUGGAGAAAAGGCUGCUGGAAUCAGCUGGUGAAAGCCCAGCCUCUGCGGUUCUUAAUGUCUCAGCAGGAUUAUUUUCACUAAAGAUGGAAACACUGGAGUCUGAAUUGACCUGUCCAAUCUGCCUAGAGUUGUUUGAAGAUCCCCUUCUGCUCCCUUGUGCUCACAGCCUCUGCUUCAGUUGUGCCCAUCGCAUCUUGGUCUCGAGCUGCAGCUCUGGUGAAUCCAUUGAACCCAUUACCGCUUUCCAGUGUCCGACGUGCAGGUAUGUUAUCUCACUGAACCACCGGGGCCUGGACGGCCUCAAGAGGAAUGUGACUCUGCAGAAUAUUAUCGACCGCUUCCAGAAGGCUUCUGUCAGUGGACCCAAUUCCCCAAGUGAGAGCCGCCGGGAGAGGACUUACAGGCCCAGCAGCGCCAUGUCUAGCGAGCGAAUUGCUUGCCAAUUCUGUGAGCAAGACCCGCCAAGGGAUGCAGUGAAAACGUGCAUCACCUGCGAGGUCUCCUACUGUGACCGUUGCCUGCGGGCCACACACCCCAACAAGAAACCUUUCACCAGCCACCGCCUGGUGGAACCAGUGCCAGACACACAUCUUCGAGGGAUCACCUGCCUGGACCAUGAGAAUGAGAAAGUGAACAUGUAUUGUGUAUCUGAUGACCAAUUGAUUUGUGCCUUAUGCAAACUGGUGGGGCGUCACCGAGACCACCAGGUCGCAUCCCUGAAUGAUCGGUUUGAGAAACUCAAGCAAACUCUGGAGAUGAACCUUACCAACCUGGUCAAACGCAACAGCGAACUAGAAAAUCAAAUGGCUAAACUAAUACAGAUCUGCCAGCAGGUUGAGGUGAAUACUGCUAUGCAUGAGGCAAAACUUAUGGAAGAAUGUGAUGAAUUGAUAGAGAUCAUCCAGCAGAGGAAGCAAAUGAUUGCUGUCAAAAUCAAAGAGACAAAGGUUAUGAAACUGAGAAAGUUAGCACAGCAGGUUGCAAAUUGUCGCCAGUGUCUUGAACGGUCAACAGUCCUCAUCAACCAAGCCGAGCACAUCCUGAAAGAAAAUGACCAGGCACGGUUUCUCCAGUCCGCAAAAAAUAUUGCCGAGAGGGUCGCUAUGGCAACUGCAUCUUCUCAAGUUCUGAUUCCAGACAUCAAUUUUAAUGAUGCCUUUGAAAACUUUGCUUUAGAUUUUUCCAGAGAAAAGAAAUUGCUGGAGGGGUUAGAUUAUUUAACAGCCCCAAACCCACCAUCUAUCCGAGAGGAACUCUGUACUGCCUCCCAUGACACCAUUACAGUCCACUGGAUCUCGGAUGAUGAGUUCAGCAUCAGCUCCUAUGAGCUUCAGUACACCAUAUUCACUGGCCAGGCUAACUUCAUCAGUAAGUCAUGGUGUAGUUGGGGCCUGUGGCCAGAGAUAAGGAAAUGUAAGGAAGCAGUAAGCUGCUCAAGAUUGGCCGGGGCGCCACGAGGCCUGUAUAAUUCCGUGGAUAGCUGGAUGAUUGUGCCCAACAUUAAACAGAACCAUUACACAGUUCAUGGACUUCAGAGUGGGACACGCUACAUCUUCAUUGUUAAAGCCAUAAACCAAGCAGGCAGCCGGAACAGUGAACCUACUCGACUUAAAACAAAUAGCCAACCCUUUAAACUGGAUCCCAAAAUGACUCACAAGAAGUUGAAAAUCUCCAAUGAUGGACUGCAGAUGGAAAAGGAUGAAAGCUCUCUGAAGAAGAGCCAUACCCCAGAGAGGUUUAGUGGCACAGGGUGCUAUGGGGCAGCAGGAAAUAUAUUCAUUGACAGUGGCUGCCACUACUGGGAGGUGGUCAUGGGUUCCUCAACAUGGUAUGCAAUUGGCAUUGCCUACAAAUCAGCUCCCAAGAAUGAAUGGAUUGGCAAGAACGCCUCCUCGUGGGUCUUCUCUCGAUGCAAUAGUAACUUCGUAGUGAGACAUAACAACAAGGAAAUGCUGGUGGAUGUGCCCCCACAGUUGAAGCGUCUGGGUGUCCUUCUGGAUUAUGACAACAACAUGCUGUCUUUCUAUGACCCAGCUAACUCUCUCCAUCUUCAUACUUUUGACGUGACCUUCAUUCUUCCCGUUUGUCCAACAUUCACAAUCUGGAACAAAUCCCUAAUGAUCCUGUCUGGCUUGCCUGCCCCAGAUUUUAUUGAUUACCCUGAGCGGCAGGAAUGCAACUGCAGGCCUCAAGAAUCCCCUUAUGUUUCUGGGAUGAAAGCUUGCCAUUAAGUUUCAAGAGAGCAUAGAAUUCAUUGGCUCUCUAGUUCAGCAGUUCUUCCCCUCCUAAACCUCAGUUAGUGUCCAAUAUACAAGAUACAAAAUAAAGUUCAUUUGAAGCAUCCAAAAUAACU